AGAGGAUGCAGAGAAAGAGAAUGGAGAAGAAGAAGAAUCCAUUAACAUGGCUGAACCUAAUGGUAUCAGAGCCGUACUACCUCUUCCAUUUCCUAGCUUUCUUCUCAUACUUCGUCGUUCGUAGCUCUGCAUCCCAAGUUCUCUCUCCGCACAUUCUCCAUCGCCUUUUUCAUCGCGAGAUUCAAGCGAUUUUGGCGUUCUCUGUGUUGGCUGUCAUCAAGGUCGUGAAAGAAGAAACAUGGGAAGGCUUCAUUUCGGAUACUUUAUUUUUUGCAAAGGUUUUUCUUGUUGCCAUUUCUUUAAUCAUGGAUUACCACUUGGCUCUCUGGUACAUAGUGGUAUUUUCAGUGAUAUUUAUUUUGGCACAACAACCUGCUUAUGAAGGAUUAGGUACAUCAAAAAAAUUAACACCGCUGCAAUUAGAGGCCUUGCUGACCGAAGGGAACACAUCGAGAUUCUGGCUGGUAGAAUUUCGUGCUUUGUGUUCGCCCACUUGCAUUCGCACAAGCUUGUUCUUUCCUGAUCUCUCAAUUACUUACUCAAACAAAAAUUUAUCUUUUGGAAUAGUUGAUCUUGGCCUCUUCCCAAAUGUGGCAGAAGAAUUUGGAAUAUCUCUUGGUGGCAGCAUGGCCCAACUUCCUACGUAUAUAUUAUUUGAGAAUGCAGUGGAGGUGACACGCUUUCCAGAGUUGGAUUUUGAAGCAAAAGCUUCUCAUCCUCCUAUAACUAAGAAACUUCUUUGCCGGCAUUUUGAGCUUGAUCGGCGCCUUCUUGAAUAUAUAAAGGGUAGAUAGGUCUCAAUCUCUGAUCAUUUUCAAGGAAGUCUUUUCUUGCUGAGAACAAUGGGAUUCUUUCAACUCUCCUGGCCUUAAAUUUGUUUACAGAAACAAUAUAUGAAUGAGCAGAAGAUUUGAAGUCAUAGGUUCAAGAUGCACCAAAUUACAUUCUAUUUUGACAUUUGAUAUUGAAUUGCAAAAUUUCAAGGUUUCCUUCAAUACCCACUACUUUUCCACCAAUAAUGUCAUUAUCACAUUGCCUUCACGGCUUCCCUCAACCUCAGCGAGGGUCAGAUUUGGAAAGUCAUGAAUUAGAGCUUCAAUUCAUGACUUGGCCAUUUAGGUGAGGUUUGGUUAUUAGAUAUGUCAUGAGAGAUAAGAUAAGAGAAGAGAUAACAUUUCAUAUCCCUUGUUUAGUUGGUAAGGAUAAACGGUGGAUAUAUCAAACAAGUAUUGGUGGGAAGGGACCACACGCAUUAAGGUAUAUUUUUUAGGGCACCAAAAAGAAACCAUCAAUCUAAUUGUUUAUAUCUUGAUUUUA